AAGCGGGUCAGCUGACCGCGGGGAGGCGCCCGGCCUAGGAGCGGAGCCGGCGAGCGGCGGCCGGGAAGAUGCUGCUGGUGCUGUCUGAGGAGCACAAGGAGCACCUGGGCUUCCUGACCCAGGUGGACAGCGCAGUUGUUGGUGAAUUUGGCCGUAUCGCGGUGGAGUUCUUAAGAAAAGGCACCAACCCGAAAAUCUACGAAGGAGCCGCAAGAAAACUUAAUGUUAGUAGUGACGUUAUUCAGCAUGGAGUUGAGGGAUUAACAUAUCUUCUCACUGAGGGCUCCAAGCUCAUGAUUUCUGAGAUAGACUUCCAAGACUCUGUACUUGUUCUGGGAUUCUCAGAGGAAUUGAAUAAAUUAUUGCUCCAGCUUUACCUUGACAACAGAAAGGAGAUCAGAAACAUUCUUGGUGAACUGGCACCAAAGCUUCCCAGUUACCACAGCCUUGAAUGGAGACUAGAUGUGCAGCUUGCCAGCAGAAGUCUGAGACAACAGAUUAAACCAGCUGUCACUAUAAAGCUACACCUUGAUCAAAAUGGAGAUCAGACAACCAAAAUAUUACAAACUGACCCUGCUACUCUGCUCCACCUAAUUCAGCAAUUGGAACAAGCCUUAGGGGAAAUGAAAACAAAUCAUUGUAGGCGAAUAGUCCGCAACAUCAAAUAACAUUAAUUUGUGACUUAUCUCAUUAAGUAAUUUGUGAAACAGUAGUAGAAAACAAUGUUCACAAGUAUACAUUUUGAGGAAAAUAAACAUCUGGAUCAGAUGAAAUGCUUUCCUGUGCCAGGAUCUUCAGCCAGUGGUUACAGGCCGAACUUCCUUUGUUGCUAACUUUAUACAGAUGCCUGAUAUGAGUUAGGAUAAUUGUCUUGUGCUUUAACUCAAUAUAGAAAUUAGUCUGGUCAGCUGUACAUUAGUUCUGUCUCCUUGGUGAGCAUCCCUAAUAUUAUACAGGGCUGUCUCAGUAUAAUACAAAGUUGUGUAUUCAUUGCUAUAUUUUUCAAGCAACAUUUUUCUCUUGUGUUCUUUCUUAAAAUAAAAAAAUACUUACACUGAGAAGGAGUGAUAUUUUACUAGGA